AUGUCCUUUGAGGAUGGAACAAUGAGAACCGUUAGCUUGGCGAAGGCUGCAAAUGACCUCCCUGUUACUGGAGAAAUAUAUAGUGGAAAAAAGCAACCUGGGUUGCACGGUUCUUUAUAUGCAUCUUUUGCCAUUUGGAGCGUUCAAGUGUCACGUAUAACGGGUAUGCUUGCUUAUUGUGGUGCAGAAGUCCCCACUCUUUAUAAUGAAGUUGAACUUCAUUAUCAGCCAAAAUUGCUUUUGCAUUUGCGCCUCCGCUUUGUAACUUCAGCAUAUAAGAGAGAUGAUCCUGCACACACUCCGCCCAUAAUUCAUCUAACUACUAAAUCAGUGGAGAUAGAUCAUGCACGCAAUCGAUCCAGACGCUUCCUUUGUGGGUCAAUAACUGAGGAGAAUUCAACUCUCGUUAUCAACACUCCCGUAUCAAAUGUUCCUUUUCAGUGGAAGAAGCUACCUGACAAGGGUCGGUGUGCUGAAUCUUUCCGAGACCUAUUAUCCAAGACAAAUCCAUACAAAAAUGCACUUAAUCAAGUGGCAGAAUCUUCAAAUUUUGAUUCUCAUACUUCAGCCAUUGGUGCUGGUGAGCAAGUGGAAUUGUUGGAAUAUGGACCGGAGGAAGCUUUAUGCUCUGUGAAGCAGCCCAAAAGACCAAAAUUGAACAGUGCCAGCAAGAAAAAACCAAAAGAAAGCGUAGCUGUGGGUUGCAGGGAUGAUGAUGAGCCACCAAUUAUUCCCGAGGCUGAUAAUGAAAAGUCCAAUGUUGGGAAUAUACCUGAAACCUUCCCUCCCAAAAUGGCAGCGUUACACAGAGUGAGAUGGAACAUGAACAACGGUAGUGAAAGAUGGUUGUGCUUUGCAGGAGCUUCUGGACUCGGUACGAGAUUUCGAUUGAGGGACUCCAUCUAG